GUACAUGUCCACGUCCCUAAACAAGUAUGGCGGACGCUAGUAGGGAGAUGAAGCUAGCAGCAGCGAAGAAGAAGUUGAAACAGUUUAAGAAAACCGGAAGAUCAGCUUCCCCAGCUCUUAACAAGAAACCGAAGAUAGCAGAUACGGGACCAAAACCAGAGGAUGUCUCCAGUAACGGGCAAAAUGCCCAGGCACGGGGAGUCUACCAGCCAGCUGACACAUUCAUGACUGAUGGAAGAACGACUGCGUCAACGGAGAGCUUACUGCAGCUGUCCCUGCAGCUGAAUGGUCUCAUGUCUGACACUGAUGUUCAAAAUGGCGACCUGCCAGAUAAUCCUAGUCUUUCUGAACUACAGACGCGCAACAGAGAGCUGGCAGCAUUGCUGGAAAAGCAUAGACAAGCAAAUGAAGAACUACAGCUACAUAUACGAGAACUGAAACACAAGAACGUGGUCAUUCAGGAGGAGAAGGAACAAGGCAGUGAAGAUGCAGAGGUUUCAAAGAGGAAGAGUUUGGCUUCUCUAAGGGAGCAACUACAAGUUCACAUUCAGACGAUAGGGAUAUUAGUGGCAGAGAAAACAGAACUGCAGUCUGCCUUAACACAAUGUCAAACACUGGGCAAGCAAAAAGUGGGUGAGGUGGAUGAGAUCAUGGGCCGGCUAAAGGCCUCACGGCAGCGAGUAGCCGAGUUAGAGCGUCAGCUGAGUAGCUCGAACACAACUGAGAAGCAGUACGAGAAGACCAGCAAAGAAUAUUCGCGGGAGCUGGACAGGUUGAAACAGGAUGCUUCUAGGUUGGGGACGGAGAAGGAGGAGAUUAAGCAGCAGCUCUCGGAGCUGAAGAGUAAGAUGAAGUCAAAGGUUCUCGACUGCCAGAAGUUGGAGUACACGACGCAGGAUCUGCAGAGCAAGCUGGCGAUGGCAGAGCUGUACGCACAGCAGGUGUCCAGCCAGAAUGAACACGAUGCAAGGCAACAACUGGAGGACAUGGAACGAGAAAGACAAGAGUUGGCGAAGAAGGUGAUGCAGGUGCAGGAGUCAUUGCAGCGGGUGACGGACGAGAGAGAGCAGUUGUCGGAUCAGUACCAGAAGUAUACGGAGCAGCUGAAUCGGCAGCUGCACGAGGUGAAGCUGAGGCUGAGCAGUGUCACCGAGGAGCGCGACCAGUUCUGCAGCUGGAAGGAGGACCUCGUUGGACAAGUGGAGGAGCUCAGGACGCAGCUAGCAAAUAAGGAGCAGUAUUCAACAGAGAGUCGGGUGGUGGGGGCAGAGUUCGCAGAGCUUCAAGAUGAGGUGCAACGACUCACGGCAGAACUGGACAGCACCUCUCGUCAAUACCAAUCUCAGGUUCACGACAACGCGCAGCUGAGCCGCAUGCUGGAGCAGCGGCACGAGAAGCUGCAGAGUGCGGAGAUGCAGCUCGAACGCUACGACCAGGACACCGAGACGAAGCGCAAGCUCCUCGAAGCCGUGCAGAGCGACAAGGUCACAAUUAGUCGAGCAUUGGCACAGAAUAAGCAGCUGAAGACACAGCUUCUUGAACUACAGGAACAAUUUGUGAAAAUGAGUAAUGACAACAUGGAGCUCACAACGAAGCUCGACUCUGAAGGUCACAUCUCCAAGGAGCUGGCACAUCGUUUGACCCAGCAGGAAGAGGAACUGGGCGAGGUCAGGCUGCAGCUAACAAAGAGGGAGAGGCAGCUCGAAUCGUUUUACGUCGAGCAAAGCAAGGAUAUGUACACGCAGGAUCAGAUAUCGGACAGACUACGUCACUACGAGGCGCAGAGCCAGCUAGUGGAGACCUUACAGCGUGAGCUGAGCAGUGCACAGGAUACUAUUAAUGCCUUGACCAACCAGAAGAUGGAGCUGCUGCAGCAGUUGGCUUUGCAGGACGAGCGGCUAGUAAUGCCACAGGAAGAAGCCAAGAAAGAUGCAAUGAUGAGCGAUCUGUCAGUGGCGCUGCAGCAGCUGCAGCUGGAGCGAGAUGAGCUGACGCUGAGGCUGCGCGAGCAGGGAGAGGAACACUCGCAGCUGCAGGGAGAGCUGAGCGGCCUGCGACGCGAGAUUCCCGCCGUGUCGCCGCGCGACGGCAACCUCGUCUCGCAGGAGGACUACACGACGCUGCGCACGUCGAUGGAGAAGCUGCAGGAACGAUUCAUCAGGGCUAUGCAGGAGAAUGCUGACAUGCAGGAUCGAAACCAGCAGAUGGAGCAUCUAAUCAUGCAGCUGCAGGGAGAGACUGAUACUAUAGGAGAGUACAUUUCGCUGUAUCACGCCCAACGCGAGAAGAUGAAGGACAGAGCCAGGCGGAAGGACGAGCUGUUAGCUCUGCUGGCCCAGGAGAAAACGUUAACUCAGGAAAAGUUGGGGCAGUUACAGGCGCUCGUCGUGCAACUGCUGGGAGAGAGACGCUUGCUUCCGGGUGCGACCAGCGAGAAAGUGCAGCAGAUACUCAACGAUGCUACGAACCCAACGACCUUCGCGGGAGACCUGGACGAUUCCCAGAUAAACGACUGGCCAGAUAUCGACGUGUCCGAUACGGAGGAAACUGAGUCGCGCGGGGAAUCCGACGUUCCCGACGACCACCAGAAGGAGCAGGAGACGCAGAAACAAGUGAACGUUCACUUGUCGAGAGACGAUCGCACUGCGAUGCAGAUCAUUCAGCUGCUGUCACAGAUGGGCGGACCAAACCUUGCUGCUGAGCUAGAAGUCGGUGAUAUGACACUUGUGCCAUGCAAAUGUUGUAUAGGCCGAUUGCUUGUAGUGUAGCAUAGUAAAUGACAACAUAUAUAUAUAUAUAUGUGUGUGUGUUUGCUGAUUGGUGAUAAUAUAGAUUAAAUGGUGUUCUCAAAGAGCUUCGUAAACUAACACUUUGAAUGUUGUGACAGGUUGGUCGAUAUGAGUAGCGCAUGACACCACCUUGAUUGGCUAGUAAUUAAUAAUGCAUUUGUAGUAACACUAAACCAUUAUUUAAUCAUACUUGUUAUGACUGCUGAUAUCAGACUGUUCAAGAAAGAUUGUCAUUGAAUAAGAGUUGUCACCAUAUUAGCUAGCAGCCAUCGAUUUCAGGAAGAUAGAAAAAAAUGGGAAUAUUCACCGGAGCGUAAACUCACAAUACUUAUCCGCAAUUUACAAGGCAUUCUCGGGGGUUUGAAAUUAAGGUCAGCAAGCAGCAGUUUUGCUGCCUGCUCUCAACGUCGGUAGCAAAUACUUGCUGCCAAGAAAUUCGUAUCGGACCAUAGUAAAAGCACGAAGGAUUCUGCCUGGAUAGUAAAUUUGCUGCCUGCCUUUUUUCUUCUUGCAGCAAGAAGUUGCUGCGUGACAAGAGUUCAUUUUUAACCCUGCGUUUUGACAAAUUAUUUUCCCCCAUCAUAAUAUUUAAUUGGGUUUUUCUAGGUUGCAUAACUUUAAGAACAAUUUUAAGAUGGGUGAUUUAACCUUUCAUCAUCAUCUUGAAAGAAAAAUAUAUUGCUUGUAAUGUAUUUUGGGUCGGUUUGAUUUAGAUGUGGUUUUUAUCAGUUAGUUCAAUAUCAAGUUAAUGUCAGUCGCUCGUCCAAGACUGCAAGAAUUGCAUUUUUUUCUUUUGUCGCGCGUGACUCUUGUUUAUUGUUGUUAUUUUCCCUCCAGCUAGUUGUUAAGUUAUUUAAAAUGAACGAGACCGUAUAAUGUGUAUAUUUUUGGUUCAAGUUGUAGACACGAGUACUUGUUACAUCUCUGCAGUAUAUGCACUAUGCACAAUAGUUAUGACAGAGGUAGGGCACGGUAUAACAGGUGGCUGUUCUCUCGUGGGUAUGUGUAGCAGUCAGCUGUGGUGCAUGCGAUACACAUUUGUUUGUGUGUGUCGCAGCAUUUUGUCACCGGUGUCUUUAUGACCCACUAGACAGCAGCUUGCUUAUAGGUUAGCUAUGGCAAUAUGUGUAUACAAGGGAAGGAGCAAUACAUUACUUGUCCAUAUGAGUCCGUCUGCGUGGGCGCGUGUACGUGCGUGCACGUGCGUGAGUGUACGUGCGUGCGUGCGUGCGUGCGUGCGUGUACAUGCUGCGUGUACGUGCGUGCGUGUGAUAAGGACGCGUAUGUAUAUACGAGGAGUGGUGGUCAGCGUUGGUGAACGUGUACGUGGUGACUAGGUUCGAGCUCAGAACGUGCGUGUACUAUAAAGAUGUUCAGCCCACCGCUGAUGUCAACCGGUUGUCGUGUCGUGCCGAGUACAGGCCACUGAACGGUGAUACUCCAUUAGGAGUGUUCCCAACUUUAAUGUCAUUAAUGGUCAUAAUAACAUAUAUAUAUAU